UCCUUUGAGAUAGCAGCAAAUUCCUUCAUUAAAAAUAGUGAGGCUGAGAACCAGAGGAAGUGCUUGGCUAGAGCCAAGUCACUGCUUACAAUAAAGCCUUCUUGGGACCACAUUUAUAUCCCAGUCCAUGACAAUGACUCUGUAGGAGUUGGACAGCUGCUGAGGCAUGUCAUAUGGCACUUCGUAGCUGGGAGGUCCUACUACUCGCUCCUUUAGGGUUUUGGAAGUCUCUACCCAACCAGCUGAUACCAGACUAGAGGACAGUGGAAUUCUCCAACUUCCAUCUGAGUUUUGUUUAUCCCAGUUAAAGUGGCUUCUAUCAGACAAGGAUCCCUGCUGGAUGCAAGCAGAGAAGCUGUGCUAUUUUAAGGUAGGAGAACAGAUUCCUCUACAGACAAGAUGAACAAAGCCAUUGGAGAGUUGUGAUGGAGUAAACAAGGUCAUAGCACAGUGGGCUCAUUAAAGAUUUGGUAUCCAUCUGCUCAAGCUAUGCCUAACUGAGAAAGAAGGAUGCCAAGGAUGUCACAAGAAAGGAUGCCAAGUACACAUGAAUAGGACUGCUCUGUUUACAAACAUCAUACUGAUUAGCCUGUGUUGGUAGUGGAGAGGCUAUGAAGAGAUGAAGAGAUGAAGCUAGAUGAACAUGCUAAAGCAACUGAACCAGUGAGGGAUUUCUUAACUCUAUGAAGAGGCUAUUCUCCAUAUUGAGCUAAAAUGGGUGACUGGAGCUUCCUGGGAGAAUUCCUGGAAGAAGUCCACAAGCACUCCACAGUGGUGGGGAAAGUCUGGUUGACUGUGCUUUUCAUCUUCCGGAUGCUUGUCCUGGGCACAGCAGCAGAAUCCUCCUGGGGAGAUGAACAGUCUGACUUCAUGUGUGAUACUCGGCAGCCUGGUUGUGAGAAUGUCUGCUAUGACAAGGCUUUCCCCAUCUCCCACAUCAGGUACUGGGUUCUUCAAAUUAUCUUCGUCUCCACCCCUUCCCUAUUGUACAUGGGCCAUGCAAUGCACACAGUACGCAUGGAGGAGAAGAGAAAACUUAAGGAGGCCAAAGAAGGAUCCAAGGCAAUCCAGGACAAGAGUGAUGCUUUUCACCCGCAAGAAUACCCAGCACCAGAGAAGGCCGAGCUCUCCUGCUGGGAUGAACCCAGUGGAAGGUUCAUCCUUCAAGGCACUCUGUUGAACACCUAUGUCUGCAGCAUUUUAAUCCGUACCACCAUGGAGGUGGCCUUCAUUAUAGGGCAGUACAUGCUUUAUGGCAUCUUCCUUGAAACCCUCUACGUUUGUAAUCGGCAGCCAUGCCCUCAUUUAGUCAACUGCUAUGUUUCUCGGCCAACAGAGAAGAACAUCUUUAUUGUCUUCAUGCUUGCUGUCGCAGCUCUGUCCCUCUUUUUAAGCCUGGCUGAGCUGUAUCACUUGGGAUGGAAGAAAGCCAAGAAGAAAUUUGCACGUUCCUGUAAAAAUAGUUUGAGACCAGACAGUAGCAAACUGGCAGCAGGCACCCAGAUGAAGGUAGGGCAAAGCUGCUCCCCUCCACCAGAUUUUAAUCAAUGUUUGACCAGCCCUGCAGGGAAGUAUAUUAAUCCCUUCAGUAACAAAAUGGCCUCUCAGCAGAACACUGUCAACUUUGCUACUGAGAUGGUUCACGGCCAAGAUGAUGCUGUUGGAAAAGUCCCAUUCGUCCAACGUAGCUAUACGGAGACUCCUGAGACAAGCAAUAAUUCUGCUCCCAGCUUGCCCCCCAAUGGCUACUUCCAUGAGAAACGCAGGCUCAGCAAAACUAGUCGCACCAGCAGUAAGACUCGGUCAGAUGACUUGUCAGUGUGAAUCGCUUUCCAUGGGGAAAGAGGAAGGAAAGACUCUCUCUUGUGCUCGAGACCUGCAGUUAGCUGUUAACAUCCAGGUAGUCUGAGGUCCAGUUCAAUAGUGCUUUUCAACUUACUUUUAAGUGAAUGGUCUGACCUGUUCUGGAAAGCUUCUUUCAUUCUUUGAGUUUAUUAUUAUUCAGAAAGGUGAUCAAUCCAUUUCAAAGCUUUUUGCUACUUACUGCCUGACAUUUUUCAGAAGCACUGCAGCUAAAUCUACUCAAAGUAUACCCUUACACAUUUAAACCAUAUCUAAUCAUCAUUUAAAUUCCCACAUAACCCUGGGAUUGGCAAAUUCAUGACAAUGCUGGGAAGCCUGUCCCAACACAUUUCCUAGAACUACGUUUCCCAGGAAUUGUUUAUCAGACUUACAAAGAUUUCAGCUGAUAUUCUGGACAAAUUCUGAACUGCAAACUUGCAGUUCCUAGCCGUCUGCUGUUUAGUACCCCUAUUGGUGCCAAUGUUACAUGUCAUGACAUCCAUCAUUUCUAUCCUCUCAGAUAAAGCUCAAGCACUGACUUGCUGAACUGAACAUCAGAGAUGACGCUGGUUCUCAUUUGCAGCAAUUGACAUCAUGCCAGUGAGCUGUACUUUUGCUACUCUGCUUCUCUUUUGAGAUUACUUCCAGACAUUUUGCGAGUGCACCAAGAAGCAGCAUCCCUCCUCAUCCCCCAAAAAUAAAAUACGUCCUUUAUUUUUCCUCAUCUCGCUUCUAGACCUGACAGUGCCGGCUUGCCAUACUUAAGCCAAGUAAAUGUGCAAUCAAUUCUACUUGAAUUUUUGAUAUAUUGUCUUUCUGUAAUUAGUUCUGAAUUCUGAAUCACCUCACAGUACUAACACUGGUUCAGUAAGGUGCUACCUGAACAUACUUAGAGUUGUUUCAAGAUAAAUAUUUACACAAUUGAAAUGAUAUUUCCCAUGGAAAAGCAUAUUUUCAUGAAGCAACUCUGUGAGGAGAAGCACAAUAGUAUGUUGUGGAUUUAAAAAUUUUGUCCUCGGUUAUCCAUAUUUAAUUGUAAAAGUAGUGAUGUAGGGUAUAAUGAACCUAGCCACCUGGGAACAAAAAGGGGAGUGGAGGAUUGAGAGGACCAUUCCAGCACCAAUACCAGAGCAUUCAAACAGUUCCAGGGCUCAGACCAGCUCUACAGGAAGCAGUGACAGGAGGAAACAAGAGCUGGGAUAGGACCAUCAGGCAUAGUUCAGCAGUUUGAGAAGGAGCCAAAUCACAGUAGCAUCAUUCAGGAACAGGGAUCAUCCUGGCCUAUCCAUUUUUUACAGAGCCUCUGACUAGCACAAGUUAAAGUCCAGUUAAAACUACAGGAAAUGCCAUUCUCACAUGAUGAUCUGAAAGCUCCAUCUCCAUCCUUAGUUUUCUGCAGUGGCUGUGAAAGAGAAAUCUCUCCUUUUAUUCUUCAGAUAUCCAAGUUCGUGCAAGGUCUAAACUAUGAAUCAUAUUUCUAAAGGCUUCAAUUCAUUGCCAAUUCAUAUCAGGUUUGUUCUUUCAUGAUUUUUGAGUGGAACAUUAUCUUGUGAUGGAGUGCCAGGAAAGACCUGACACUGAUUUCCAAAGCUGGGGUGCUUCCAGACAAAUGGCUCCUAGUACUAUCAAAAUGCAGCUAUUUUUUAUUCUUUGGAGUGCUUUUUUCUGAUAAGCAAGAAGUAGUAGUAGGCAAACACAGGAGGGUUAUAAAUGGAAAUAAUAAUCUGGACCCCUAAAUAAAAUUCCAGAAUAAGGCCAGGCAAUUGCACAAUAAAAACCACCUCUAGAAGCAAAUGUUCAUUCCUCACCACCACCAUGCACACCUGAUGGAAAAUACCACUAAAAUGAUCUUGUAAACUGCUGAGAUGACAAAUGGAUAGAUUGGUGAUCAGUUUGCUUAGAUAAGGGGAUUUAUUUUGUCUUCGUUUUUUAGGGAGAUCUAAUAUCCAGGCAGCAAAUGUGUUCCACCUCCUUUUCCAAAACAUUUUUAAUUGGUAUUAUAUAAUGUUGUAUAUGGUGAGGCAAUGACAGGAGAGGAAGGCAACAGCAGUCCUCGCCACUGCAAAAAGCUACCUUGCAAGUGGGAACCUCUGAACCCUUCAUGAGCAGGGCACACAACAACAGCCUUACCCCUUGGGAAGAAAUAGUAAAGGUUGUGAGAAGACUGCAUUUUUAAAGUGCCUUUAUUUACAGUUCUCAAUUUCCCUGUCAUUCAAACACCAAGCUGGAAAUAUGCAUUUUCUGUUUUCAAGAAGUUUCAAAUAAUGUAUUGUGCUUUGUUUUGUCCUAAUAAAAGUUUGGAUUAAACUC